CGAAAAUACAUGUUCCAUUAUAGUGAAGUUAGGGGUAAACAAUAUCUCUGGUAUUGAAGAGGUAAAUAUGUUCACAAACCAAGGAACUGUGAUCCACUUUAACAACCCUAAAGUUCAGGCAUCUCUGGCAGUGAACCCUUUCACCAUUACAGGCCACGCUGAGACAAAGCCGCUGACAGCAAUGCUACCCAGCAUCUUAAAUCAGCUUCAUGCAGACAGUCUGACUAGUUUAAGGAGACUCACUGAGGCUCUGCCCAAACAAUCUGUGGAAGGAAAAGCACCACUUGCUACGGGAGAGGAUGAUGAUGAUGAAGUUCCAGAUCUUGUGGAGAAUUUUGAUAAGGCUUCCAAGAAUGAAGCAAACUAAAUUGAGUCAACUUCUGAAGAGGAUGAACUUGCAGAAGUUACUGGGAGCUACUGUUUUAUAUUAUGACUGCUUUUACAAAUUUUGUUUAUGGAUCUGAUAAAAUCUAGAUCUCUAAUAUUUUUAAGCCCUAGCCCCUUAGACACUGCAGCUCUUUUCAAUUUUUGCUU